AUUAAAAAAAAAAAAAAAAAAAGAAAGGAAACGACAGCGCCAAAAAGUUUCAAUGGCAUUCAAUUGAAUCUUUAAAAUCAAGAUGAAAACAUCUUCCCGCGAUCAAAAACUUAUACUAAAACUUCCCAUUUCACUCCCAAAAACAUCAGCUCCCUCCCUCCCUCCCAUCAAUGCCAUCAAUGCCGCUCCUCUGAUUCUGCUUAACUUACGGGAAAUCUCUAUUGGCUAAGGAAAUGGAGGAAAUAUAUAAAUAUUUAGAUAAAGUCAAAGCAGAGAUGGAGAAGCUCCAAGAUGAAUACCAAACCAAAUCUGAAUUGUUUGAGUGCUUAAAGAAAGUUCAUGAAGAUCAAUUAUUUAGAUUUCAAGAAGCUCAACAGGAGAUUGAGAAGAAGGCUCGAGUAAUAGAUGCCCAAUCUGAGGAGAUAUCUGAAGCAAUGAAAAGCAUUAAAUUCCUCACAUCUAGUUUGCAUGAAAAAGAACUGUCUUUAAAGAAUUUGAGUUCUGAGAAUGAAAAACUUCAAGCUAAUUAUAGGGAGAAGUUGCAGAAAUUGGAAGAAGAAAACAAAGAGAUAGUGCUGGCUUUAGAUGAAGCAUCAUCAAAGAACAAAGAAUUGACACAAAAGCUUUGUGCGAGUAAUGAGCAGAUUGUGGGUCUUAAGAGACUCUUGCUGGAUUCUGAGAAGAAAUGUCUUGAAGCAGAGAAAAAGGCCCAAGCAUCAGAGGAACUAGGGAAACGGGACAAUAUAAUCCUGAAAUUGGAGCAGGAUAACAGAAAUGUCCUGGAGCAGCUUAAAUGGAAGCAAGAACAGUUUGACCUUCUGGAAAAAUCUCAUGAAGGCUUCCAAGACAAGUUUCAUUUGCUGAAGCAGGAGUGGGGAAGGGAGAAAUCAGUCCUUCUUGAAGAAAUUUCCUCGUUGCAGAUUAACUUUGAUUGUCAAAUCAGAAUUUCAAAAGACCUUCAAACUCGGCUAGAGAUGUGCAGCCAAGCUUCGUAUCAUGAAGAGAAAAGAAGAAAACUCCUGGAAGUUAAAGUAUCAGAACUAGAAUCUCGUGUUGAGUAUUUAUGUAACCAAUCCCUAGAGGAGAAGUCGAAGUUGGAAAGCAUUACCAGUGAGAGGGAAGAAGAAAUUGCAAAGUUAAGAAGUUUAGUGGCAAAAAAAGAGGCACUUGCAAAGGAAAUGGAAUAUAAAAUUUCUCAACUUGAGCUAAAGAAUUGGGAAUUGGAGGAGGAAUCUCAUAAAAUACUUCAAGAAGCUGAAAACAUUAAUGCCAGUGGUUUGCUGAAAGAGAUGCAUGAUCAGAUCAAAGGCUUAGAGCAGGAGCAUAGUAAGUGUUUCACAUACCUCAAAGAAAGAGAAUUUGAAUGGAAUUCUCAGAUGGAACAAUUAAAAUGGCAAGUAAAUAUUUGUGAAUGUGAAAUGAAGACAAAAGGAGAGCAAAUGCAGGAGGUUCAGAAGGAGGUGGAAAGUUUGCAUUCUGCUGUCGAGAUUUUGAACAAAACAAAUUUUAUAAUGCUUAUGGUCUUGCAAUCAGAAUUUUCAGAAGCACAUUCGGUUUUAAUGAAUGCUAAAGCCGAGAUGGAGCUCCUGUACAAAGAGAAGGAAGAUAAGAUUAGCCUUCUCAGGAAGCAGUUGGAGAUGACAAAUAAUGCUCUAAGCAAAACUGAACUCUAUCUUGAGGAAUAUCAUAAGCAAGUAGCAUCCUUUUUGAAGAAGGUGGAGUUACUGGAUCCUAUGGAACUGCAGCCAACUCUCUUGGAGGAAGGGCAUGACAGUCAUAAGGAAACGGUUGAGCAAGAGCAAACUAUGGAUGAUCACAAAAAGAUUGUUUCACUAGAAGCUGCAGCAGCAGUGAAAACAGAGACAGAGGAAGCUUUCACAAAUGACAAGGAAAGUAUUCUCCAGCUUGCUGAAGAAGAAGUUGAUUGUAAAGAUAAUCUCCAGAAAUCCGUCAUUUGCUCGAAGCGAAAAUCUUUCGGAAUAGAUUCAGAAGGAAUUGUUCUUGCAAGGCUAGAAUCUGAGCAACAGUGUGAACAAGAGAAACAUGAACUUACAAAGGCAACAAAUGAGGAAGAAAAAUGCACCAAAGAUCUUCAAAAGCAGGAGCAGAAUCUGCACCAGAAACUGUUCUAUCAGGAGUUAUUUUCUUAUUCAAAGGAGGAAGCAAUUCAUCAUCAAGCAUUGCUGGAAGCUAAAAAUUUGGACACUGAAAAUUCAAUGAAUCAAUUUGGGGAUGAGCCCGAAGUCAUGGAGAGUAGGGUAAAAAAGCUCGUGUUUGAAGGAGUUAUACUUGAUAGAAUGAAGCAAAAUGCAGAAAUGAAGGACAUGUUUGUUCAAAUUGAGGAAAUGUCUGACCAGAUUGAUGAAUUUUGUUGUGAAGAUGUCAAAUUGAUGAAACUUUUGGAGAAGAUAUUGCACAUUUGUGAGCAAGAGCAUGGACCAGGGGUGGAUAUGAAAGCAAGUAAUGAGUUAUGUGAUUCCCAAGACAAAACAGACAGAACAUUUUGUCCAUCAACAAAGAAAUUUGGAGCAGGUAUUGAUGAAAGAACACCAUUGAAAGAGCUAAACAUUCAGUAACAUUCAGAAUGAUUUAAAUUCUCAUGAACCUUCCAUUGCCCAGAGGUACUCCAUUAGAACUUGUUUCAGCAUGUCAUUCCAGUUUUGGAGAUUUACAUCUCUAGCUAUUUUAUAACUAUGGUGUUCUCUGUAUAUAUAGUAUGCAUCUACAUUGUUACACGAACCCAAAUCCAAUCUUAGAUGUGAGUGUAUAAGAAAUUAAGAAAUUGCGAAGAUGAUAUGAAAACGUUGGUGCUUAAAAUAGCAAUCACGAAAUAGUUAAAUUGUUGAAGAUUUAUGUCUAAAGCUGAGAAGUACUCUACUCUGGAUCAGAAUGUUCAUGGGUUCUGGUAGCGAGCAUCAUCUGAAUCUAUCUCACUAGUGUACUUUCAAAAUUGUCUGUGUUGAAUGUGUUUAAUUAAUUCAUUUGUG